GAGAGAGAGCGGUACUAGAGACAGACAGAGAGAGAGAAACAGAGCGAGAGGUACUCUAGAGAGAGAUUGAACCAUCUGACAGUCAGACAAUGAAUGUCAGUGUGUAGUGGAGAGUGGUUCAUUUCUGCCUGCCUGACAGUGUUGCACUGUGUGAAGCAGCUGUCUCUUUUUCUGCUCUGAUACUCUAAUAGGCCAAUAAGCGCAGUAAUGCAGAAGCUGUAGAGAGGAAAGAAGAGACACAAGCCUCUCAUGACUACAGUACAGGGAUGAUGCUUUGAGGACCAGACUGAGAAGUGCUCUGAGGAUUCAGGGUUUCAGACUGCAUCGUGCAGACCGAGAGAGAGCUGCUGUGCUGUACAUACCUGAGAUACUGCAGUUAAUCGCUGCACCUUUAUAACACAUUUAGCAUGGAUCUGGAUGAACUGUGUACUUACACAGAUGGCAUGGACAGCAGCUCCCUAAAGUACCCAAAGACUGAGCAGACUGAGAAAAUGUGGAUGCGACUCAAGGGAAUGCAGAAGUACAAAAACACGUCUCAAAGAUUGAGAUGCCUGGUGAAGCAGCUAGACAAGGGAGAAGUGAAUGUGGUGGACCUGAGGAAGAAUAUAGAGUAUGCAGCCUCUGUUCUAGAGGCAGUCUAUAUUGAUGAAACCAGGCGUCUUCUGGACACUGAGGAUGAGCUCAGUGACAUCCAGACGGACUCUGUCCCAAUGGAGGUGCGGGAUUGGCUGGCCUCGACCUUCACCAGGAAGAUGGGCGUGGUCAGGAGACGACCCGAGGAGAAACCACGGUUCAAGAGCAUCGUGCAUGCCGUGCAGGCUGGCAUCUUUGUAGAGAGGAUGUACAGACGGACAUCUAACAUGGCUGGAUUGACGUACCCUCCAGCUGCCAUCGCUGCUUUGAAGGAUGUAGAUAACUGGUCCUUUGAUGUGUUUGUGCUCCACGAGGCCAGCAGUGAACACGCAUUAAAGUUCCUGGUCUACGAACUGCUCACCCGAUAUGACCUGAUCAACCGCUUCAGGAUACCAGUGUCAUCUCUGGUGUCCUUCGUAGCUCUAGAGUUGGGCUACAGCAAACACAGAAACCCCUACCAUAACCUGAUCCACGCUGCAGUCACACAGACAGCACACUAUCUGAAUCUCCACACUGGCAUCAUGUGACACUGGCUCACUGAACUGGACAUCCUAGCCAUGGUGUUUGCUGCAGCUAUCCAUGACUUUGAACACACUGGGACAACCAACAACUUUCACAUUCAGACCAGGUCAGAGGUGGCCAUCCUGUACAACGACCGGUCAGUCCUGGAGAACCACCAUGUCAGUGCUGCGUACAGACUUAUGCAAGAGGAUGAGAUGAACAUACUGGUCAACCUGUCAAAAGAUGACUGGCGAGAGCUGCGGACCCUGGUGAUUGAGAUGGUGAUGAGUACAGACAUGUCCUGCCAUUUCCAGCAGAUCAAAAGCAUGAGGAACGCCCUGCAGCAGCCUGAGGGAGUAGACAAGGCUAAAGCCCUAUCUCUGAUGCUGCAUGCAGCUGACAUCAGCCACCCAGCCAAGGCCUGGAAGCUGCACUACCGAUGGACACAGGCCCUGAUGGAGGAGUUCUUCAGACAGGGCGAUAAAGAGGUUGAGUUAGGGCUGCCAUUCUCUCCUCUGUGUGAUCGUAAAGCUACCAUGAUCGCACAGUCACAAAUAGGGUUCAUUGACUUCAUAGUGGAACCCACAUUCUCUGUGUUGGUGGACACGACCGAGAAGAUCAUUACCCCUCUAAUAGAGGAUACCUUAAAGUCACAUGACACUGGCGUCCGCAGGUCAAGUUUGACGGGUAGUGGGUCGGUGACGGUGGUGGAGUCAGUCCAGAAACAUAGUGGUCGAGGAUCCAGCCAGGGGGUUGACCAGGGGCUUACUACAGACUAUAGCCUGACUGGCAUCGACCUGAAACGGGUCAGACACACACUGGCAGAGGUCAUCCAACACAACAAAGACCGAUGGAAGGAGCUCUCUGUACAAGAGUUGGCGAGUAAAGAGCGAGCUGAGUUGAACACUGACCCAGAGGAGAUGGAGGAGUCCCAGAUGAAAACAGAGGUUACGUUGACUCACACCAGCCCUGAGAGACACAGCCAGGAGCUCCAAUCAGAGCCCUUCAAUGAACUGAUGAACAACACAAACUCCAAUAACUCUUCCCAGGAGGACUCAGAGCUGGACCACCAUCCUCACAGUUCUCUGUCCCCAUGUGAGGAUAAAGAGACAACAUCACCUGGCUCCAUCUCUCCUGAACGCCUACCAUGGAACGGAGCAGGCCCUGGGGCAGUCCUUGAGUCAGGGGAGGAGUCUCUUCAGAGCCCUUGAUUCUGAUAAGCUACCCAACAACGCUGCCACUUCCUGAUUUUUAUUCUACUUUACAUUUAUUUAACUAGUCAAGUCAGUUAAGAACAAAUUCUUAUUUACAAUGAUGGCCUAUCCCUGCCAGCCCCUAACGACACUGGGCCAAUUGUGUGUCGUCCCUGAUUCACCAUAUUUGUUUGUUAGCUUUUUUUAUUGUAUUUGUUCUGAUUGAUUUUAUUUCCAGUCUGUUAUUGUAUUGUUAUUUAUUAAAUAUGGGGAUCUUCUUGCUCCUCUUUGCACCGCAA